AUGAAGGAUCCUGGGAGUUUCCAAAUCCCAUACAUCAUAGCAAAUAUUAGUAUUGAGAAAGCAUUGUGUGACUUGGGAGCUAGCAUCAACCUCAUGUCCUUAGCUAGGAUGAAGAGAAUGAGAAUUGAAGAAGCCAAGCCAAUAAGAAUGGCACUUCAACUAGCAGAUAGAACAUUCAAAUUCUCCCAUGGAGUUGCGGAGGACUUGUUGGUUAAGGUGGGAGAGUUCAUCUUCCCAGCAGAUUUUGUAGUGCUUAACAUGGAAGAAGAGGCCAAUGCAUCAAUCAUACUAGGGAGGCCAUUUUUGGCAACAGCUGGAGCUAUAGUUGAUGUACAAAAGGGAGAAUAUGUCCUAAGGCUGCAUGAAGAAAAGAUGGUAUUUAAUGUUUUUACUGCCAUGAGUUACCCAAAGGAGUCAAUUGGAGAGUGCAUGAUGGUAGAUACAAUGGAGGCACUAGUCCAAGGAGUCUUGGAAGAAGACAAACUUGAAGAUGCAAUGGAGCAAAAGCAACAAGCAUCAUAUGGUGAAUCACCAUGA